UGCUCCAUUAGAACGUCUCCAGAUGGACCUGGUCAAUCUUCUUUCUUUUGCCGAACAUAAUGAUGGUUAUAGUUACAUUCUCACAAUGAUUGAUGUAUUCUCACGCGUCUGGGUUAUUCUGCUCAAAGACAAAGAGGGAAGUACGAUUAAUAAGAAAUUAGCAAGACAUUUUUCAAUGUUCAGUCCCCCCACGGAGCUUCAAUCAGACAACGGAUCUGAAUUUAUCACUGAUGUACUAAAGAAAACCUGCGAAACGCUCAAGAUACAGCUCAUCCAUGGUCGUGUCCGACAUCCACAAACCCAAGGAAAGAUUGAAAGAUUUAAUCAAACACUCGGUCGACGCCUAACCAAAUGCUGUGGGAUGAGGUUUCCCAAACCCAAGGAUAUCGUUGGAUUGACAUCCUGCCUGCAUUUGUAA